UAAUCUAUGUAGCUAUAAAAGUGAAUGUCAGGUCCACAUUCAUUACAUCUGUUUCAGCUGUUAAGAAAAUGACAACAUUUCCAAUACACAGAAUGGCCAGAAGAAGAUGUGCCAGUAAUCACCACUCAUUUCAUUCAAAUGCAGGCAAAAGUAAACACUACUUGGUCAAGUCUUUUUGAUGGGAAACAGUUUCCUAUAGUUGUGCAUGGCAGUGCUGGAACAGGUCGUACUGGUGCAUACAUAGGAUUUGAUAUUUUACUCGAUGAAAUUAAAUCAAAGGACCAGGUUAAUGUAUACAGAACUGUGCUCAACAUGAGAAAGCAAAGGAUGGACAUGGUGCAGAACAUGAAACAGUAUAUAUUUCUCCAUAGAGUUAUGAGUGAAUGUUAUGCCAUUGGGAACACUGAAGUAAAGUGAGCUU